UCUCCAUUACUUGCCAAAAAAAACACGCACAAAACCCCAAAAUUUCGUCCCAAAAUAAAUAAAAAAUAAGAAAAACUAAAAGGAAAAACAGUAGCGAGUAUUGGAAAAAACAAUUUCCAAUAAAAAUUUCCGCGAGUAUUGAUAUAUCUUUCAUUUCCUUCUACGUAUAAAAAUAUAAUAAAGAAUGAAUGGGGAGCGAAAGGAAGAGGGGGUGGUGAACAUGGAUGUGCAUAAUGAGAAAUUGGUGUAUAUGUGGGGAUAUUUACCUGGUGCUUUGCCACAAAGGUCACCGAUUUUGUCUCCCCUUGUUGUUAGGUCUACUGUGGAUGCGUGGAAGGACGUUUGUGGCGGCGGUUGUGGUUUUGCCAUGGCCAUUUCUGAGUCUGGAAAGCUCAUUACAUGGGGUUCAACAGAUGAUCUAGGUCAAAGCUAUGUCACAUCCGGGAAGCAUGGGGAAACUCCUGAGGCUUUCCCUCUCCCAACAGAGGCUUCCAUUGUAAAAGCUGCAGCUGGCUGGGCGCAUUGUGUAGCAGCUACAGACAAUGGAGAAGUCUAUACAUGGGGAUGGAAAGAAUGUAUUCCCUCAGGGAAAGUCUUUAGUGAUCCAUCAGGGGCGGGAGGAAUGGAGAAGGAUGUGUUUGAAAGGCAGAAUCUUUUUUUUACAGAGCAAGGCAGCCCUCGCUCUCAAGGUCCGAGGUCCAGUGGUGGAAGUGGAACUUUGUCUGGGCUUGAUGGUAGAGGAAGUAAAGAUGAAAGUACAAAGAGGCGGAGAAUAUCAUCAGCAAAACAAGCAGCUGAAAGCUCAUCCACUGGAGAUGAAACACCCUCAGCUUUCCCAUGCCUAGUAACACUUAACCCUGGAGUGAGGAUUGUCACUGUUUCUGCUGGCGGGCGCCACACUUUAACAUUGUCAGUUUCAGAUAUAGGACAGGUGUGGGGUUGGGGCUAUGGUGGCGAAGGGCAGCUUGGUUUGGGCUCCCGAAUACGGAUGGUGUCCUCUCCUCAUCCCAUACCUUGCAUUGACUCUUCAUAUGGAAAAGAGAGAGAUGCAGUGCUUUCUCGAGGGGGCAUGACUUCAGAGGGACAGGGUUUUAGAGUUCCUGGAACUUAUGUUAAAGGGAUCGCUUGUGGAGGUCGACACAGUGCAGUAAUUACAGAUGCUGGAGCAUUACUUACUUUUGGCUGGGGACUUUAUGGACAGUGUGGUCAAGGAAGCACAGAUGAUGAGUUAAGCCCUACUUGUGUAUCUUCCUUGCUGGGAAUUAGGAUAGAGGGAGUUGCUGCAGGGCUAUGGCAUACAGUCUGUGUUUCUGCUGAUGGUGAUGUCUACACAUUUGGUGGGAAUCAGUUUGGACAGUUGGGAACUGGUGGUGACCAAGCAGAGAUUCUUCCCAGACUCUUGGAAGCUCCGAGCUUGGAAAAUAUACAUGCAAAAACUAUUUCUUGUGGGGCUCGCCACAGUACUAUAAUUUCAGAGGAUGGAAAAGUGUUCUGUUGGGGCUGGAACAAGUAUGGCCAGCUUGGCUUGGGUGAUGUGAUUGACCGCAAUGUUCCUUCUCAAGUUACCAUUGAUGGCUGUGUCCCUAAAAAUGUAGCAUGUGGCUGGUGGCAUACCCUACUUCUGGCCGAGUCACCUGCCUGAGUAUCUGACUCUGCCUAGCCUCGGCACAGUUUUGUUAGGUAAAAAGUGUUUUCAGACCGCUGACAUAUCAUUAAGAUCCAUGUAUAGCUACUUGCAGUAGCUUUUAUGCUUACACAUGUGCUCGUCUUCAUUCUUUCGUGGCUCAGGCUCACCACAGUUAGUUCCAUCUUUUAAAACUAUUACAGUGAUACAACGCUCUCAAGAUGUAAAACAUGAUCUAGCUAGGUCCGUUGUGUAUAUUUUAUUUAGUACCAUUUGAACAUUAUACUGUACUCAAUGUCAUGAAAAGACAAGUAUUGUUGUGUAUAAAGUGUUAUGGAGUCUGUUAACUUAA